UUGCUACUACUAGCUAGGAUAUAUACUUAUCUCCUCUUAGUUCAUUUCGUUGAAGAAGAAUUGAUGAAUAUGAGCCAAGUGGAGAUACCUCAAUAUUUCUUGUGUCCUAUAUCUCUUCAAAUCAUGAAGGACCCGGUCACGGCGGUGACGGGCAUCACAUACGACCGGGAAAGCAUUCAGAAGUGGUUGUCUGGGGCGGAGCAUGCGUGUUGUCCCGUGACAAAGCAAGCAUUGCCCAGAGACGCUGAGUUGACCCCCAACCACAUGCUACGCCGGUUGAUCCAGGCUUGGUGCUUAUCAAACGCCGAACAUGGGAUUGAUCGGAUUCCCACUCCCAAGUCUCUCAUUCAAAGGUCACAGGUCCUCAAGUUGAUCCGCGACUUGGGUAACCCUGCGACCUUUAUGGAGUCUUUGAGGAAGAUGGAAGAGCUCGCAGUCGAGGACGAGAAUAAUAGGAAGUGCAUGGACGAAGUCGGGGUGGUCAAGUGCAUGGUACACUUCAUAGUGAAAAGGUUCAAGGAAAGAGAGAUCCAAGGUCUACAAGAGGCUUUCAAGAUCUUCCAUCUUGUUUGUAGUCCAUCCAUUGAGAACAAGUUUAUAGUGAACCAAAACCAUGGUGAUCUUAUUCAACUAAUACUAUGGAUAAUGAACUUGAAACCCGAAAACGGGAACGAUCUUGUCAAAAUCCAAGCAGUGAGCGCGUUGAAGAAAAUCACAGAGGUCACGAGUUCAAACAUUCUCGAAGGACUAAACUCCGAGUUCUUCGUGAAAAUGGUAAGUCUCCUGAGAACCAAUACCAUCACACAACAAACAACCAAAGCGGCGCUACACGUGCUCAUACAAGCAUGUCCAUGGGGAAGAAACAAGCUAAAGAUCAUCGAAGCGGGGGCGGUUUUCGAGCUGGUCGAACUCGAGCUCUGCAACCUCGGGAAGCGGUUCAGCGAGCUCGUGUUCUCACUGCUGUCUCACCUUUGCUCCAUAGCAGAUGGGAGGCAGCAGUUCUUGAGACACGCAGGGGCCAUAGCCCUCGUUUCGAAACGUACUCUUAGGGUUUCGGCGACGACAGACGAUCGCGCGGUGCAUAUUUUGGCGAUGCUCUCGAAAUAUUCGGCGACGAAGGAGGUGACUUUGGAGAUGCUGAGGGUGGGAGCAGUGGCAAAGCUUUGCAUGGUUCUUCAAGCUGAUUGUGAAGUGCAUUUGAAGAAGAAAGCAAGAGAGAUACUAAGGUUGCACUCUAAUGUGUGGAGUAACUCUCCUUGUAUCCGUACAGUGUCCAUUAACAACCUGUCCUAGCUAAUUAAUUAAGAAGGGCCAUAAUU